AUGGCCUCCUCCCUCGCCCCCUCCUCCGCAUCAACGACUAAACGCUCCUCCCGCUCAAACCACCCUCGCCAAUCCUCAGGCGUCUACAAUACCUUUACAACAAAACAGAUCCAAGGCUUCAAAGAAGCCUUCCACUUCCUCGACCAACCGACGGGCGACUCCCUUCUCUCACGCAGCGAUCUAGCUUCCACCCUCGCCAACCUGGGCCAACCAAACGACAGGGAGGCGGUCGAUCGUCUAUUUGCUGAGGUGGAUGACCCGCAAGUCGCAUCUGGCGGCGGGGGAGGCGGCGGCGGAGGAGGCGUGAACUUUACGCAAUUCCUCACCAUGUUCGGCGAAAGGCUUAGCGGGAUGGAUGACGCGGAGACUUUGCUGGAGGCGUUUGAGUGCUUUGAUGAGAAGGACGAGGGGUGGAUCGAGGUUGCAGAGCUGAGGAAGUGGUUGGGGGAGGUGGGAGAUAGGAUGGAUGAGAGGGAGAUCGACCGACUAGUCCAGGGCCCUUUUACUGAUCGAUCAGGAAGAAAGUUCGACUAUAAGGCUUUCGUCGAAGCAGUCAAGAUGAGUGAGCCUGCCGAGCUCGAGUAG